UGGGCCUCGCGGCUGCCCCCGCAACUGACGGCUGCCGAGCUCGGGGGGCGGCCCUGAUUCCUUGGUUUGGGAUCGGGCCUCCCGCCUCCAGCCUCUGCGGCGGUGUGCGUAGGGGGCCCACCCACUAUUUUCCACCCGCUGUUUUCCCGGGGGUCCUUGCAGAAGCCGCCGGACACGGGACUCCUCCCCCCGCUCUCCGUGGCCGCGGGUAGCCCCGCAGUGCCUGCCGCCGGCAGGGAGAAGUCGGUUCAGACCCUCCGUUCAGUAGCUGGAUGACCCUUGGCAGUUUCCUCAUCUACAGAGCGAGGCUCCUGACAGCAGCCUCCCUUCCAGGGCGGUGGGUUGCACAACUGAGGCAACUUGUGUAAAGGACCCAGCAUAGUGUCUGGCGUGGAAGAGCAGCUCCCACCCAGGCCAGAAGGAGGUGGGGGCCCGGCAGCCUUUGGUGAUUCUUUUGGGCUGGGGUGGCUGUACCGACAAGAAUCUUGCCAAGUACAGCGCCAUCUACCGCAAGAGGGGCUGCAUCGUCAUCCGAUACACAGCCCCGUGGCACAUGGUCUUCUUCUCCGAGUCCCUGGGCAUCCCUUCACUUCGUGUUUUGGCCCAGAAGCUACUUGAGCUGCUCUUUGAUCACGAGGUGGAGAAGGAGCCCCUGCUCUUCCAUGUCUUCAGCAAUGCGGGGGUCAUGCUGUACCGGUACGUGCUGGAGCUGCUGCAGACCCACCGGCGCUUCUGUCGCCUGCGCGUCGUGGGCACCAUCUUUGACAGCGGGCCCGGCGACAGCAACCUGGUGGGGGCCCUGCGGGCGCUGGCCACUGUCCUGGAGCGCCGGCCUGCCGCGCUGCGCCUGCUGCUCCUGGUGGCCUUCGCCCUGGUGGCAGUCCUGUUCCACGGCCUGCUUGCGCCCCUCACGGCCCUCUUCCACACCCACUUCUAUGACCGGCUGCUCGACGCAGCCUCUCGCUGGCCCGAGCUCUACCUCUACUCGAGGGCCGACGAGGUGGUGCUGGCUAGGGACGUGGAGCGCAUGGUGGAGGCCCGCCUGGCACACCGGGUCCUGGUGCGCUCAGUGGACUUCGUGUCAUCUGCACAUGUCAGCCACCUCCGCGACUACCCCACUUACUACACGAGCCUCUGCGUCAACUUCAUGCGCAGCUGCGUCCACUGCUGAGUCCCCUGCCCCACCCACCCACCCCGCCUCUGUUCCAGAAAUAAAUGCCCAACACCUCCCGCAAACUGUAUCCAUGGGUGGGGUCCUCUUUUGCUUCAACUCCCCUGUAGCCCUUGGGGACUGUCGUCCCGCAAGUAGAGUAUUCCCACUGAAGCUCUGCCGCGGGGACUGGUUGUCCCGGCAUCCCAGGGCGGGAGCACCUGGACGGGUUAACGUAGGAGUCUCGCAGUGGCUGCGUGUAGGCAGGUGCGCGGCAGGCUGCUGGUUCCUGUGGCUCCAGGCUCUGUAGGGUCAACCAAGUGGGGACAGUGGGGUUGAUGAGCCUCGGGGUUGGUCUCUAGCUUCUUGGAAGGACGGUGAGCUCUGAGGGGGGGUGCCAGACAAUAGGGUCAGGCUGGUGCGGGGCGCUGCUUCUGCCCUGAAGCCCCAGGAGAGCAAGGCCCUGCAGCAUGAAGCAGCUCCGCACAGACCCCACUUAGUAGUUCACAUGGAGAUGAUGCUCUCUCCUCCCUGCCGGAGAGUCUGAGGUAGGAGUCAGAUGCGAAGCUGAGGAUGCAGAGGAGGCAGGCCUGCCUGCCCCCCCAUGCUUUGCCAGGAAGCCACUGGUCCAGGAAAGCUGCAGGAUGUUUCACAGGCAGGUAGGAAGCCCUCAGUGCCAGGAGGAGCUGGGGCGAGCUAAGUGAGUAGCCCCGAAGACCAGAACCGGGGCCAGGAGCCAUUUGGCUAAAACAAUGAACUCCCAUCUCCUCGAGAGACCCACUUGGAUCAUCUCCAGGCAGGAGGGGUGGCUUCUGGGGUUCUCCAUCGUUGCUCGGGCUGUCAGUCCCUGCUGCACAAUGCUGGUGCGCAGUAGGUAAUCGAGGUCUGCUGACUGAGCUUACUGUGGCAUUCGGGGACUUGGCGGGGCGGGGACGGGCUUUGGAAGUUUGGCAGGCAGUGAGGGAGCUGACCCUUAUGUUCUCCGUUCUCCGGGCUGACGCACCCUUUACCUCCAGAGCCAAGCUCGGUGUGCAUCUUGUCAGGCCUCUGGGCCCUCGGGGCCCCGCUGCCACUGAUCCCCAAGCUGUGUGGCUGCAUUCCUAGCCAUGGCCAACAGGUGGCAGUGCUGCCUGGGCCAUGAGACCAGGCCUCAGGAUCCCGUAGCAGGGUGGGCUUCACCACCUGGCUCAGGGUUAAGUCCCCUCUUAGAGAGCAUGUGCCCCCCCGGGGGGGGGGAGUAACCAGCCAUCGGGACCUACAGAGCCCACGGCAAGGCGAGGGGAGAGUCGAGACCUGAGGGGAGCCAGCCCACUGGGAACUGGGCAUUACUUACUUACCUUCCAAAACCUUAACCCCACGGGGCUGCUCUGCUGUGACAGGUCAUGGACAUUCCCUAGAAUCUUAGGCCCCAGGAUUGUUGUAUUCAGGAUGUUUGGUACCAUCAGGCUGGGCCCGGGGCCAUGCAGGGCCUUUGCUGGGCUCCAAGCAGGGUGACUUGUCACCUGGGUGCUGGAGGCUAGAGCUGCCAACUGGACCCUGCUCUGUAGAAUGUACCACAGGCACCCCAGAUGUCGGGGUGUCUAAGGUGGGGGGUCCUGGGAAGAUGGAGUUUGGGCCUGGGGUGUGAGAAUGUGUAAAGGACAGGACUCAACCUGCAGCUUUGAGCACCCACUCAGGAUGCAGAUGACUCACUGGCAGCGGGCAGCCUCAGGGAUGACAGUUUGAUAAGGUGCCAUCUCCAGUGCUGGCUGCCCAGCUUCUGUUCCCGACGGGAGUCCAACUGGACAACUGGGGGUUCCUACCAUAGCCAGCUGAGGAUCUAGGCAGUAGCUCUACUGGAGUGUUGGUUGGUCACUAGCAAGAAAGCCUUGGGGGCUGAGAUGCUCGUUUUGGUCCGUGGCUCGUUUGAGGGGACUAGCAGGGUCUAGAGGCUUGGGGUUUGUGUCUGCCCAGCUCAUAGCUGCUGCUGCUCUAGAUUGGGGCAUAGAGCUAUGUACCCCCAAGCUCUGACCUCUUCUGUGAUUAAUGAGCUGACGAUUCUGCAUCGAUAAGGAAUUAACCUGGAGCCCCUACCCAUCAAUAGUCAGGAGUCCAGGUCCCCGGCCCCACCCCCACUCCUGACAGAGUGCUCCAGGGCCCCCCUGAACUGACCAACCCCACACU